AUGAAGCCCAACAAAGCACCUGGACCUGCUGGUUUGAAAGGUGAAGCUGCUGGCUCUCAACAUGAAAACCCAGACAGAACCUCCAAGCUGCCAUCAGAUAGAGUGGUCCAGCUGGUUCUGGGCUCUCUGCUGGCUGCUGCUUUGAUCAUCAUCUACAGACUCUGUGUUGUUGUUUUGAAGACCAACCAAACUGUAGAAACCCUGAAAGAGGAGAAUGAAGCUCUGAGAAAACAUCUCUCAGUUGAGGUGUGUUUGAAGAAAAGACCAGACUGGGAGAAGUAUGGAGGAUAUCUUUAUUAUUUCUCCAACAAUUCCUCCUCCUGGAACGAGGGCCAACGUUUCUGCAAAGAUCUUGGAGGAGACCUGGUGAAGAUAGACAGCAGUGAGGAGCAGCUGUUCCUGGAGAUCAAACUGAGAGACUUGAUGAAGGAACCAGAGGACAAGUUCUGGAUCGGACUGACGGACUCAAGGGAAGAAGGCAGAUGGUUGUGGGUGGAUGGAUCACCAUUGGAUGAAAGUUUGAUAUUCUGGAGUAAUCUAGAACCUGACAACCAGAGUAAAGAUGGUGCAACUGAAGCUGACUGUGUGAGGAUGGGGAAGAAACAAGGAGCAGAUGACCUAAAGUCCUGGUUUGAUAUAUCCUGUAAUUAUCCUCAGAAAAGUAUCUGUGAGUUCAUGUGUUUGUGAAUGAAGUCCAACCAUGGAGAACGAUCUGAGUCCAGGAUCAAGAAGCUGUAGAGAUGCUGCUUUUAUAAAGAAAAUUUCCAUAGAUAGAAAAACUUUUUAUCCAAUUUGAAUAAAUAACUGAAUCUGACUGCACUGUUCAAUGAUUAGGAUGAAUUGGAAUGUAUGAACCUGACUUUGUGAAGAACCUUGAGACGACAUGUU